CACACACUGAAACGGCUCUCGGAUAUAAAUAUCGGCUCUUGUUUAGGUCUUUGCAACCAGGAGUGAGACCCAUCCGACGUCAGCAUAAGAAGUGUGCACUGGCAGAGACUUGCAGGAUUCUCUCUCACUUCUGCUUACUUGUCAGAGUGACAGAUCUUGGUAGAAGCAGACUGCCAUUUUUUAGGAAGUGCGUGGACUUCCUCUUCCACAGAUCCUGAUUGUAGCUUGUCAUUCCUUUUUGCUUUUUUAACUACGUUUUAAUGCUUUAGGUUGAUCUUUUGGUCUUUGGUUUUAACAUCUUUAUCUAGCGGACCAUAUUUAUGAGCCAGCUGAAUAAUCAGUAUCUCCGGACCUGAGUGACUGCAUCAUUGAAGCUCUUGCGGUCUUAAGUGCAGUUUGAUUUUCCCCAAGUGACGAAGUUUUAAAGUUCCUCCCCAGGGUCUGUGAAAAAUGCAGGAUUUCUGGGGAGAUGUUAUGAAUUUGAGGACCACCAGAGGAGCCACGAUAUUCUCGGGCAAUGAUGAGGAAGCUGUUGUUGAUCAGGGGAAAACCAGCUCUACCAUCCACACAAACUUUGAAAAAGAGGAGCUUGAAAGUCACAGGGCAGUUUAUGUGGGCGUACAUGUACCUUUAGGAAGACAAAGCAGACGUAGACAUCGCCACCGUGGUCACAAGCACCAUCGGAAAAGGAAGGACAGAGGGUCUGAGCGAGAGGACGGGCGAGAAUCGCCAUCGUACGACACUCCUUCACAGAGGGUCCAGUUUAUCCUCGGAACUGAGGAUGAUGAUGAGGAGCACAUUCCUCAUGACCUCUUCACUGAGCUCGACGAGCUGUCGUUCCGUGAUGGAAACGCUUACGAGUGGAAAGAGACAGCCAGGUGGUUGAAGUUUGAGGAGGAUGUAGAGGAUGGAGGAGAACGCUGGAGUAAGCCCUAUGUCGCCACGCUUUCCCUGCACAGCCUGUUUGAGUUACGGAGCUGCAUUCUCAAUGGCACUGUCAUGCUGGACAUGAGAGCAAACACCAUUGAGGAGAUAGCAGACAUGGUAUUGGACAACAUGGUGGCAUCUGAGCAGCUGGAUGAGAGUUUGAGGGAGAAGGUGCGGGACGCCAUGAUGAAAAGACAUCACCACCAGAAUGAGAAGAAGCUCAGCAAUCGCAUCCCGCUCGUACGCUCCUUCGCCGACAUAGGCAAGAAACAUUCAGACCCGCACUUGCUUGAGAGGAAUGGGGAGGGUCUCUCUGCUUCCCGUCUGUCCCUCCUUAGACGUACAUACUCCACCUCCACUCCCCCCAGCUCGCGCCGUCCAUCCAGAGAGUCCCGCGGUUCCCGUUCCUCCAUCAUUCUCAACCUCUUUCUGCCCAGCCCCAACUCCUCCCCUGUCGCCACCCCCAACGGCUCCCCUUUCGCCACCCCUCAAAACACACCCCCUACCGCCCACCGCGCUUCAUCACCUCUCCGCUCCCCAGGACCCUCUCAGCAGGGGCCCGAGCUGCUGGUGGCGCGGGGAGAGAGAGAGGACAUUCCAGAGGUCGUGGUGUUCCCGCCCGAGGAGGAGGAGGAGGAACCGCAGUCACGGUCUUUCGAGAAGGUGGUUCAUGACCCGGCCAGGCUGGCACAGCUAUUGCCCCUACCGCAGUCAGGUCUCCUUGCAUCCCCCCAGUCAGCCCCGGGAAGCCUGGACAACAGUAAGCACAGUGAAAGCCGUAUGAAUGGCGCUGGUGGCAGCCGGGAAAACAGCACUGUGGACUUUAGUAAGGACAGCCAAUCCCCUUUUCACUGUAGUUGCAGCUCUCUGGGAAGGGGCAGCAAAAGGCCUACAGUGGACAUGAAUUUCAUGAAGAAAAUUCCUCCAGGCGCCGAGGCUUCAAAUGUUUUGGUGGGGGAAGUUGAUUUCCUUGAGCGUCCAAUCAUUGCCUUCAUCCGUCUCUCACCUGCUGUUCUUCUCACUGGACUGACCGAAGUUCCCGUUCCAACAAGGUUUCUCUUCUUGCUGUUGGGGCCUUUCGGUAAAGGGGGCCAAUACCACGAGAUUGGCAGGUCUAUAGCUACUUUAAUGACAGAUGAGAUCUUUCAUGAUGUAGCUUACAAAGCCAAAGACAGGAAUGACCUUCUGUCUGGCAUAGAUGAGUUCUUGGACCAGGUGACAGUACUGCCUCCAGGAGAAUGGGACCCCACGAUACGAAUCGAGCCUCCAAAGAGCGUUCCAUCUCAGGAGAAGAGGAAGAUGCCUUCCAUGCCUAAUGGCUCUGCUCCACUAUCAGAGAUUAUCAAUGAAGAGGAACACCACACUGGACCUGAACUCAAGAGGACAGGACGGAUAUUUGGGGGUCUGGUGCUAGAUGUGAAGCGGAAAGCUCCGUUUUACUGGAGCGAUGUGAAGGAUGCUUUCAGCCUGCAGUGUUUAGCUUCUGUUCUUUUCCUCUAUUGCGCCUGCAUGUCCCCCGUCAUCACCUUCGGAGGCCUUCUGGGGGAAGCCACCAAAAACAACAUAAGUGCCAUUGAGUCUCUGUUUGGAGCUUCACUGACCGGUGUGGCCUUCUCUCUGUUUGCUGGUCAGCCUCUCACUAUCCUGGGCAGCACUGGGCCAGUUCUAGUUUUUGAGAAAAUUCUUUUUAAGUUCUGCAGUGACUACGGUCUUUCCUACCUCCCUCUGCGCACUAGCAUUGGCCUUUGGACGGCCUUCUUGUGCCUUUUGCUGGUUGCCACAGACGCCAGCUCUCUGGUGUGCUAUAUAACAAGAUUCACAGAGGAAGCCUUCGCUGCUCUCAUCUGCAUCAUUUUCAUCUAUGAGGCCUUGGAGAAACUCUUCCAACUGGGGGAGAUGUACCCUUUCAACAUGCAUGACAAUUUGGACAACCUCACAUUUUACACAUGUCAGUGUUCACCUCCAGCCAAUACUACAGAGGAAAUGGUACAGUCAUGGAAUCAGUCAGGGUUUACUUCUGAGACCAUUGACUGGAGUGAACUUAAUGUGAAAGAUUGCAAGAUACUCUAUGGCGAGUUUGUGGGUCCUGCUUGUGGACAUAAUGGCCCGUACAUCCCUGAUGUAUUGUUCUGGUCUGUCAUUCUCUUCUUCACCACUUUCUUCCUGUCAUCCUUCCUCAAGCAGUUCAAAACCAAACGAUAUUUCCCCACUAAGGUCCGCUCUUCCAUCAGUGACUUUGCAGUUUUUCUAACCAUCAUGAUUAUGGUCUUGGUUGAUUACUUGGUGGGCGUCCCCUCUCCUAAACUACAUGUCCCAGAUACCUUUGAGCCCACCUCAAAGAAUCGGGGCUGGCUGAUUUCACCUCUGGGUGAUAACCCCACAUGGACGUUGAUUGCAGCAGCCAUCCCUGCCCUGCUGUGCACCAUCCUCAUCUUCAUGGAUCAGCAGAUCACCGCUGUCAUCAUUAACCGUAAAGAACACAAGCUCAAGAAAGGCUGCGGGUAUCAUCUUGACCUUUUGGUGGUGGCUGUGAUGCUCGGAGUGUGUUCUGUGAUGGGCUUGCCCUGGUUCGUCGCUGCCACUGUCCUCUCCAUCUCUCACGUCAACAGCCUGAAGGUGGAGUCGGAGUGUUCAGCUCCGGGAGAGCAGCCCAAGUUCCUGGGUAUCCGUGAGCAGAGGGUUACCGGGUUCAUGAUCUUUGUGCUCAUGGGUCUUUCUGUCUUUAUGACAUCUAUUCUAAAGUUUAUACCAAUGCCCGUGUUGUAUGGAGUGUUCCUCUACAUGGGUGUGUCCUCACUCAGAGGCAUACAGUUUUUUGACCGUAUUAAGCUGUUUGGGAUGCCUGCAAAGCACCAGCCUGACCUGAUCUACCUGAGAUACGUGCCACUGUGGAAGGUUCAUAUAUUCACAAUAGUUCAGCUCACCUGCCUGGUGCUGCUUUGGGUCAUCAAAGCGUCUGCUGCCGCGGUGGUCUUCCCUAUGAUGGUUCUUGCUCUGGUAUUUGUGCGAAAGCUUCUAGAUUUCUGCUUUACGAAGAGGGAGCUUAGCUGGUUGGAUGACCUGAUGCCCGAAAGCAAGAAGAAAAAAGAAGAUGACAAAAAGAAAAAAGCAAAAGAGGAAGCACAGCGCAUGAUGGAGGCAGGAGGAGGAAUAGAGAUCCCCUAUGAUGGUGAUCACCUGGAAAUCCCUGUGAAGACCCUUAAAGUCAGCAUUGACCCCUCUGUGGUUAACAUAUCUGAUGAGAUGGCCAAAACUGCUGUGUGGAGAGCUGUUGCCAUGAGCUCUGACAGUGCCAAACUAUUGAAACAUAGUGCCAGUGACGAGAAGACGGCUAGCAUUAAGAUCAAUGUGGAAGACGAGCAUGGGGAUAAAUGUGUGGAUGCGGAGACGUCAAUAUGAGAGAGAGCUCACUGUGGACACACAUGCAGGGCCCUUCCCAGAGUCCUCUAGUUUGUAACAGUGUUGCUCUGUUCUGUGUGCCCUACCAACCUGCCUAAGUCAAGCCAAAGGUAGACGUGCCCGAUAGAGGGCUGAGAAAUGAGUUCCAGGUAUAUUUAUCUCAGUUUCUAUUUUUAACCACACCAACAAGCCCUUUUUUAUUUUGUACAAUUUGUUUUUAAUAUGAAUAAAGCACCACGUUUUCAGACAUAUAGGGUAUGAUAUGAAGAACCCAGCCUCUUAGUUUCAUCUUUGAUUUUUAUUUAAUUUUCUUAUUUUAUUUUUCUCUAGAUAUAAAGACAAAGUCUUUUAGAAUUACUUUUACAUGCAAAAAUCCUGUUUUUCACGGUACCGCAGUUUUCGAUUAAAUCUCUUUAGAUGAUUUUCUUUUCAGUACAUUAAAAUGCUGUUUGUUGCAGAGUGCUGCUUUUUAAAAGAAAUAAAUGCACAUAUGAGAAAAUGUCUCGAGACCAAAGGUGGUGACAUUCAGCUGCAUGACUGACCUUCCAAACUGUUUUUGGAAAAAGAACGUGCAAAGCAAACACUUUAAAAUGUCACAUGUAGGACGUAUUAAACCUGAAUGAAAAAUAAAGUAUUAUUGUACUUUAAUUGUAAAAAUGUCAUUCCCACUGAUGGUCUGACAGAUAGCUUGAUGAUUUAUGUACACAUACUAUAUUAAAACAGUCCAUAGCACAGAAUGAGAACUGCAGUCACUCUGAAAAUAAAUAGCACGUCAGGAAGAUUAAAACGAGAACGAUGUAAAUUGUUCCAGAUUGUGUUAUAAAGCUAAAAGCGAUAUCAUUUUUGCCCCCAUUUUUUCAUGUUUACAUUGUUUCUUUUUUAGUGUUAUGAAAUAGUGUUUUGUAUUGUUAGUACUUUUGAUUUGUACAAUGUGUUAAUCAACUAAUUUAUUAACGGUCUGGUCAAGUAUGCGGAGGCGAUGGGCAGAAGGAUUGCUGCAGUGUUGUUGGCCUGUCAUUUCUUUCCUCUUCUGUAACUGGUGUUAAUGUGCACUUUAGGUAGGCUUACCAUCACGGCUGUAGGCCUGGCAACAACUUAUUUAAUCUAGAGCAGUCUCAGGAAACUUUUUUGCACUCUUUUCCCACACUACUUAAUCUCUUCAGUGCUUCAAGAUCACAUGGCCUCCUUUUUGCUGUUUAUUUUAUGAGAAAUGUCUUUUAAUUUUACACUGGACAGAAAAAAAGUGCAGCCCCCCUCUGUUUAUGCCAUUUUUUUUUUUUUUUUUUUCAAGCUGAAAACAUUUUAAAAGCUACAGAUGUUGAAGACCCUUUUUUGCAAUAUUUAUAAUACUCCAACAGAGCAAUUGUCAUUUAUUUUAUUAUGUUGUUUUUAUAUAUUCUUUUGAGUUACUAAGCGUAGUUCAUUUGAAAUUAGUAGUUUACUUGCAUUAGUGAACUAGCUCACUGUCCUCAUGCUCACACAGCGCUUCAUAAAUCCCACAAUGAAAAUGAAAUACCUCUGACUACUAUAUGUGAAGGCACUCUAUGACUUGUAAAUCAGUAGAUUGUAUACUUUUGCAGCAAGUUGCUUGUUAAAUUUGAUGAAUUAAGGUUGGAAUCUGUGGGUGGGAGUAAUAUUGAAUAUCUGGAAGAUAGUUUUCUGAUACACCAAUAGUAUCUUCCUGUAUAAGCCUCACAGUAGGACUCUGAACAAGUAUUGCUGCCGUGGUGUUCUGAGCUUCUGUCUGCACAAUGUACAUGUACUAUUUCAGAAUUCUGCUCCGUUCAAUUUCCCUUGUGAACUGGCCAAAUCAAGAUUUAAAAUGUAGGCGAUACGUUGCAUUUGUAUGAUAUACAAACAACGGGAGAGUUGUCUUUUGUAAUGACGAAGUUGUUUAAUAAAGCAAUAAAGGUAA